AUCAACCAACAACCAUCGACAUCAUCAUCAUCAUCCUCCAACCCGCGUCGCAUCUGCGCUGCGCUGCGCUGCUCUGCUCUGCUCCGCAAGCCCGCCAGUCCGACAGCUGACAGACACCGCAGCUCCGAUCCCGGUGCUGUCUUUCGGUGACGCUGACGGCUGACAUGGGCUGCGGCCUGCGCCGCCGCCGCCUCUGCCUCGGCCGCACGCGUACGCUGCCGUUCCUCAGGCGGUUCACGCCCAAGGAGGUGGAGGCCGCCACGCGCGGCUUCACAUCGGUGCUCCAGCGCGGCGACGGCGGACCAGGCGGCACGGCGUACAGGGCGCGCUUCGCCGGCGGCCUCGUCGCCACCGUCGUCAGGCGCCGCCGCGACGACGACCACAGCCAGGGAGAGGGAGCCGGAGGGACGGACGCCUUCUACCUGGAGCUGCAGCUGCUGGCCCGCCUCAACCACCGCAACGUCGUCAGGCUGCGCGGCUUCGCCCAAGGCCACCACGCCAGGUUCCUGGUCUUCGAUCACAUGGAGAACAGGAGCCUCAAGGAAUGCCUCCACGAUCCUCUCAGGACGCCGCUGGACUGGCGGACCAGGUUGCAGGUCGCCAUUGACAUCGCGGCAGCACUGGAAUACCUCUACUACCACUGCGACCCCCCGGUGUUCCACGUCUCCGUCAACUCCGGCAACGUGCUCAUGGACGCCAACUUCGUCGCCAAGCUGUCGGAUGUCGGCGUGAUCACCCACGACGUCAAGCUCGCCACCACAGAUUCCUUCCAAGACCAGGUGGAGCGGCGGCGAGCGGGGCUGGUGUUCCAGUACGGCGUGCUGGUGCUGGAGCUGGUGACGGGGCAGUCCCCGGGCGUCGACGGCGAGCUCGUGCGCUGGGUGCAGGACCCUGGCUUCGCCGCCUCCGUGGACAGGAUGGUGGACGCCGACCUCGGCGGCGUCUACGACGCCCGGGAGCUCAGGGACCUCGUCGUCGUCGCCAGGCUCUGCACCAGGGACAGGGACGGCGGCGGCGGCGGCGGUGGUGGUGAUGGCGCCGUCGUCACCAUACCGCAGAUCGUCAGGUACCUCCAGGGGAAGCUGGAGCGCAUCGGAUGCCACGACAGGUUCGCAUCAUGAUGAUUCGUUUCGCGUUGCGUGCGCGGGUGAUCAGCAUCGUAUCAGUAUCAUCUUUGUUCUUCUUUAUCAGUCUCUGCCAUCAAGUGUAGAAAAAGCGCGUGGCUUUUUGUCUGAUGAUAUUCGGGAUUUGUUGCUGUCGAUAGAGGAACCUAAGUGAUUGAUACUAUUGUUUUUUCUGUGAAUGCUGCCUGAAAUUGAAAGAGGGGUGCAGUUUUUUUUUUUUUCUUCUUUCCUUCUUCUGAUCAACAUUUCAAGAUGUUUGCAGUGGUUUUGUGUAAUGUUGUGACAAGAACAGAGAUUGCAUGGCAGAUUGUCUUGUGGGACAUGGAAAAGUAGCCGACAACAGAAACUGGCUUCUCGCUGA